CACCUUUCACACACACGCACGUGUGUCUUGAGCUCCAAAAAAAAACCACCUCUCUCCAACUCGAAAAUUGUACCCUCUUUCCCGCAUCCCCAAGCGUUCCGGCUCCACCUUCCUCACUUCGCACAGCAACCGCUCCGGCCAACAUCCCACUCGUUCUUUGUCUUUCCCUCAUUUGUCGAACCCAUGACCGACCUCCAUCUCUGUCAUUGGUUCUUUUUCCAAGCACAAGGAACAAUGACCAGCUUCCAUCUCUGUCGUCGGUCUGUCUUCCAACACCGCGGGAGCUUGCCACUGUUGAAGACGGUGAGACGAAACCCAGAGUUGCAAACAUGGUGCGAACCAGCCUCUCCGAAAUGGCCGAACGAGUUUCAAGAAGUACCCUUGGGCGUUGGAAUCAUACAAUUUGACCGUGACUCACAUGAAGUCGCUGAUGGUAGACCAACCGAAGGAGUUUCAAGGAAAACAAGGCCGACAAUCCAGUGUACCGCAACACGACAUUUACGGUGUAUGGAUUCCCACAUAUGUUACAGGUUUGGGCGUACGAGAAUGUACCAAACUUGGGAAAUGUGUUUGCUGAAAAAGUUGCCGAAGAGCCUGGUUCCAUGCAUAACCGGAAAGCAGAAGGAUAUUUUCACGCUUCAAAGAUUCAGGAAAAAGUCUUCUUUGAGGAGCGUGAUUCGUCUUCCCAUGAUGCUGGGGAAGAAUCUUCAAACAGACCGUGAAACAAAUUUUAUGUGCACAGGGACAUUUGAUCGUGGUUGAAGAAAUGAAAAAACUAAGGUCGUGUAUUGAAGGUUUGGAGACUCGACUGCAGCUUGUUGAAGGCAGCCUUGCUGAAAUGAAGGCGUUGGUCGUUGCAGGAUUCGGAAAAUUUUAUCAAAACGCUGAUGUGCGUCCCCUUUUUGGAGAUGAUGAGCCUGUUGGAGAAGGAAGCCCCCCACUUGAUCAAGGAGGUUCUCAUUCUAGUGUGAACCCCCUUUCUGGAGAGGAUGAACCUGUUGGAGAAGGAAGCCCCCCACUUGAUCAAGGAAGAUCUCAUACUGGUGUGAACUCCUCUUUCUGGAGAGUUUGAGGCUGUUGGAGAUGGAAACCCUAUGCAUUGUAGUCCCAAGAGUGACUCUGUUGAGCACAUGGAUGAAGACCAUAUGAUUGAGGAAGAUGGAACAGAAGAAGGGUCGAUUGAAGACGUUGGAGAUGUGACUAAUAUUGAGAUUGAGCAAAGCAAUGAGGACAAUGAUGACAAAACUGGUAGUGCAGACCACAUUAUCAAUAAUGUGGUAACUAAGGAUGAACAGUGAAGACAAAAUAGGACAUCACCUCUUUGAAGAGUGUCAUACACCAACCAAUCUCAUGCUCUGCAGAUCUGAGUACAAAGGCUCCAUUUGAAAAUUUCGACUGGGAUGAGGUCGUUGAUGAAGGUGGGUCGACUAUAAUACACGUUCUGGCACUUGAGGAGCAAAGCCGCCAAGAAAAUCUAAAAAGAAAAAGAAAGUGUUCUAAGUACAAGUGUAGCCCAUUCAACGAUCCAACAAGAAAGCGGGCCAAAGGACAAAACCUGAACCCAAACCCAACAUUUGUAGACAUACAUGACGACAAGUGGGUAGGGUUGAAGAAGUGGAUUGAAGAGGAUGACAGCCUAGAACCAACCAUUGUUGUCCUUGAUAUUCCAGGCUUUAAUGAAGUGAACCACAAGUUUUUCCGAGAGCUCAUUGAACCGGAUGAGUGGUUGUGGACUCAACACAUAGACACCAUUGGGUCACUUUUAAAGAAGUUCAUGGCGAACAAGAAAAUUGAAAUCACUAGUCCCUACUUUACGCAUAAAAUCCCGAAGAAGGACAUUAAUAUUGUUGAGCACUGGGCUGGAGACAGGUUACUUCCGCUAGUUAAUUGGUCAUCUUUUUAAAAGGUUUUAAUGCCAUUGAAUCUGGAUGGCUAACAUUGGGUGUUGACAGAAGUUGACUUUAAGGCAAAAGCGGUUAGAGUCUAUGACUCUUUGAAGAGUGCUAGAUCUAAAUCAAGUGCCCACCAUAUAGGAAUCACACUACCUUAUUUACUUCAAGUCAUACAAUGCCCCAACGACGAUGCGGUUUUAGAUGAUUUCCAACCAUGGCCCACAAAGGUAGUUCCCGGUGUACCGCAACAACGAGGGACUGGGGACUGCGGGGUGAUGGCGAUGGCGUUUGCGGAGCAUUUGGCAUUGCAAUAUCCCUUGACACCCGGAUGUGACAAUGACAACAUGUGGAACAUGAGAUGGCAGUUUGCGGUGCGCCUAUGGCGUGUAAAGAAGACUGAUGUUUGACAUUGUUUAGUUUACGUUACUAGUGUAAUUGACGUUAUGUUUUGGGUUGUUGUACAAUAGUGAUGUAGUUUUUGUACAAGGUUGUACACUUGAAUGCCUAACUUUAAUGCUUCUCUUUUUUGUCAACAUUUAAUGUGUUUUGGAUAAAGCAAUUGUAAAGUUUUUGGAAUGGAAAUGUGUUGUGGU